AUGGCACCCAUUCGACGAUAUCUGCGAAUCAGCAAAUACUCGGUGCUGGAAUGUCGAAUUUAUUUGGAGAAUCCCGCUGAUUCUCGUUGGCUGUUGGAUUCACGCGACCCAGUUCUUCCACGCGUGUUUAAGAGCAUCCAACCUUUGGUGCUGCCUAAACUCCGCGAAGAAAAUGAAAGAGCAAGGGCGAAGAAGAAGAGCCGACCCGUGAAAGAUGUCUUGGUCGAAGAUGAAUUUGAAGUCUCUCUAUUCUUACGUGAAACGGGAACGCGUCACGCGGUCGCAACGAGACAUAGAUCGUUCAAAGGCCAUGAAAACAUAAGUAGUGGCUUAACCGGAAACAGCGCUAUCCCUAUCAACAUCCCCGACGACGGUGAACAACCGGUCCGUAUUCUGGAGGAGAGCGCCCCUCUUAGCCUAUACGAUAUCCCCGAAGCUCAACCAGAAGCUGUAGAGGCACCAACACCUUCCCAUCGUCGCCGGCGUCGACGCCAAGUUUCGUCAACCGGAGAGACAGAAGAAACCUCGAUGCCCCCAACGAAACGAAACAAGGCCGAAACGCCGGCAGAAACUGUUCCACAAGAAGAGAAGAAGAUGAGCAUGACCACCAGUUACGAAGGAUUCAAUAUCUGGGGCUGGAUAUUAUGCCUUUUAGUUUCCCGUCGAGACAAAUCCAAGCCUGCGAAGACGGGUAAUGAGUCAUCGAACCAGGCUCUGAUGGAGGAGUGGAUUUGCACUCAGGCGCCUCAAGAAUAUGGAGAGGGGUGA